AUGACAAGGUUUGCUCGAGCGAAAGGCUCGAAGGCAUCGAACGAAAAAGCUCCCGAAGAUGGUACACCUUGGGAAGUGAUGAAGGAACAACUUUUGACAUCUAAAAAGGACAACGAAGAUGCCAAGAAAAGGCAAGAAACAGAAAAGCAGCGCAUGGAAAACUAUGAAAACUUCCUGAAGGAGCAGAAGAUUCAGAAAAGAAAGGCCACUUGGUGUGAUUUCCCUGAAACAGAAAAUGCCAAGGAAUCAAAUAAUUUAUCACAAUCCAUGCAGACCCCUUCUAAAAAGAAGAAAAUUAAAAACAAGGCAAAGAAUCAAUUGAGUACUAGUCAUGAUAAUUGUCAGUCAGUUGACACAAAGCAUGUUGAAGACUCACAAAUUGAUACUAAUGCUUGUAAAGUACAGACUGAACAGCAAAAACCUAAAAAGAAAAAGAAAAAACAUAUAACCCAAAAUGACUUGAACUAUAAUGAUAAAGGAAAUUUUGAAAACAAAAAUAAUCCAAAUCCAGAUGACUCAAAGCUUGCACUACCAGAAACUCCACAAAAACUUGAUAAAAAGAAUAAAAAAAAGAAAAAUAAGCAUAAAAACUCCUCACUAGAAUCAGCAAACUCUAAUAAAAACCUAAAUAAUGCCAAUACAAACACCAACAAUGAAUUUCCUGAUUCAGAAGUAAACACAGCUCAAACCACUCAGCACAAAAUGAAGAAAAAAAAUAAAAGAUCCAAUCCUAAUGGGGAUACUAUAGACAAAAGUCAAAUUAAUAAGGAGAAUAAAAUAAAAGCUCUCAAAAAAAAGAAGGAAAAGAAACUAAUUGAUGGGCAACCUGUACGUAGAAAACAGAUAAAUGAUAGAAGUUUUCAACUCAUUAUAAAUGGUAAAGAUGUUGAACUGGUUAGAUUUGAUGGCUUUCCUAUUAUGAGAAAAGAUGCUGACCGUCUUGAGGAUUUGAAGAGAAAUAUGCUGAAGAAAGGAAUUCCAAAAAGUGAAGUUAACAGGACUUUGAAGUUGGAAAGGAGAAGGGCUGAAAAAGCACUGGCUAGACUGAAGAGAGAUGUUUGCUACAAUUGUAGGAAAGGCGGACACAACUUGUCUGAUUGUCCUGAAUUGAAAUCCAAGAUACCAGGAGUGGAUGGGGCAGAUGGAGUAUGCUUUAAGUGUGGAUCUACGGAGCAUAGACAAUUUGAAUGCAAAGUGCAAAGAGACAAAGAGUUCCGAUUUGCUACUUGCUUUAUUUGCAAAGAACAGGGUCACAUAGCAAGACAGUGCCCUGACAAUCCCAAAGGACUAUAUCCAAAUGGAGGAAGUUGCAAAUUAUGUGGAGAUGUCACCCAUUUGAGGAAAGAUUGCCCUACUGCUAGUGACAAGAAAGACGAAACUUCUAUGAAACUGCACACCUUAGAUAGCUCUGACAAUAUAGAAAGUAUUGGGCAAGAAAUUCAAGGAGUACCUAGUAAUGGGAAUAUUAAAAAGCCCAAGAAAAUCAAGUUCUAAUAGGUACUCUUUUUGUAAUCGUGCAAUGAAAUAAAACAAUUAUUUAGUAAAACUAAUCUAUUAAUUGUUUAAAUAAACAAUUCAAAUAACAUAAAAUUUUAUUUACUCAGGAGAUCAUAGG